AUGGCCAUCAGAUUAUUGACCUCUCUUUCUCUUGCUUCUUCCGCAUUGGCCGCGUCCCAGCAGCUAUGGUUCACCUCUUUUGCAGGCCCCUUUUCCACCUUCACAUUCGAUGCCACUUCUCUCACCAACAUCUCCACCACACUUGACGCUGGCUUUCAGCCCGGCUGGAUUGCUAAGCAUCCUCGCUUAGACGUCCUCUACACCCCGUUCCGUGGUCGAGGCGGUGUCAACGCAUGGUCAUAUGAUCGCAAGGGAAAAGUCAGCAAGAUCGCCACGGCACGCACCAACGGAACAGACGCUGUGCACUGUGAGGUAUCAGGAGACGGGCACACACUUGCAGUGCCGAACAUCAACGGUGCCAACUUGGCUGUAUUUGCAGUCCGCCCUAACGGCACAUUCGCAAGUUCUCCGACGGCCGUGUUUACCUUCCCUUUCUACACACCUGGUCCCAACCCCAUUCAGCAAACAUCUUCUCGCCCACAUCAAGCACGCUUCGAUAGAUCUUCCAGCUUCCUAUAUGUUCCUAACCUUGGCACUGAUCGUCUGCAUGUCUUCCGCGUCGAUGGUCCUGCCAAGCUCAAACAGCUUGCUGACGUCGUCUUGCCUGUCGGCUCUGGCCCCAGACACCUGGACUUCUGGCCACCGACAGGCCGAUCCCAGUUCCUGUACCUCGUCAACCAACUCUCCAACACCGUCAUGGUUUUCGACAUCUCCACACCCUCACUUGGCGCAGCACCCAGGCUCGUUCAGACCAUCUCCACCCGCGGACCUGGCCUGCCCCCUUCAGACCCUAACAUCGACAUCAACGCUGCCGAGGUCACUGUGUCUCCUGAUGGUCGGUUCUUGAUAGCAUCGAACCGAAACGACACAUCUCGAACAGAUGACACUCUUGCUUCUUUCUCAAUCAACACAUCCUCCAAGUCAAACCACCUCACAUUUCAGAGCCUUACCGGUACAGGUGGUAAGAACCCGCGAGAUCACCGAAUUGAUCCCACAGGGCGAUACAUCGCUGUUACAAAUCAAGAUACAGGUAUUAAUAUUAUAGAACGGGAUGUCAAGACGGGGAUGUUCAAAGGUGUAAUCGCCAAUUAUACAAGCGAUAACCCGGUAUCGGUAUUUUGGCGCCUGUAA